AUGAUCGUGGGGGGGAUAGGCGGAGCAAGGAAUCCCAUUAGAUCGCAGGCGCGCUUACAAAUCAGCUCGCGAAGUAGCAAUUUUCGUUCGGAGGUGUCGUGCUUAGUGUUGAAGGAGAUCACCGAGAUGAUGCCAAAUGUUCCAUUGAACAAGGUAGGCAUCCCGAUUCCUUUCGGCGUCAUUCCGGCCGAUCCGGAAUUCGAACAUCCCAAUCGUAUCGACCUAUUGAUUGGCGCCGGUCUGUUCUGGCGAUUGCUAUGCGUCGGACAGCAUAGAGUAGGCCCAGGAAAUCUCACCUGGCAAAAAACGCUGCUCGGGUGGGUCUUAGGUGGUAGUAUAUAUUGGCCGGACCGAGAAGGGGGGGGCUUAAAAACGUGUCACGCGGUAACGAAUGCACAAUUGCACGAGUCAAUCUCGCGUUUCUGGGAGGUAGAGGAGAUCAGCCGUCGGGAACCCUCGAGCGUCGACGCGGCUAGCAAUAAAUGUGAGGAGCACUUUAGAACCACGACAGGUCGAGACGACGACGGGCGAUACGUCGUCAGCAUACCCUUCGACGAGAAAAUCGUAGAAUUGGGGGAAUCGCGGGAACAAGCUGAGCGCCGGCUCAUUUCAUUGGAACGGAGAUUCAGGAAAAACCCGGAACUCCAUCAAGGGUAUAUAGAUUUCAUGCGUGAAUACGAAUCGCUCGGACAUAUGUCCAAGGUUGAUGAAAAUUCGUUAGAGAAUCAACUUGGCUAUUAUUUGCCCCACCACGCGGUUUAUAAGGAGUCCAGUACAACGACCAAACUUCGGGUAGUAUUUGACGGAUCUGCCAAGACAUCCUCGGGGAUCUCGUUAAAUGACGCGCAGCUAGUAGGCAUGCCCGUACAGAGUGAUCUCGUCACUAUUUUACUUAGAUUUCGAAAACAUCGGUAUGUCCUGUCGGCGGACAUAGAGAAAAUGUACCGGCAAAUUCGCGUGCGAGAGGACCAUCGUAGAUUUCAGCGGAUACUAUGGCGUUCAAAUGCCAAUGAACCCAUUAGCGUUUACGAUUUGAAUACCAUAACGUAUGGCACCGCGUCGGCAUCGUUUCUAGCAACGCGCGUGCUCAAGAAAAUCGGGGAAGACUGCAUGCAAUCGCACCCGCUCGCUAGUCGUGCGAUCAUUCACGACUUCUAUGUGGAUGACCUGCUCACGGGAUGCGAUAGUUUAGAAGGGGCCGUGAAACUAAAGGCUUCAUUAACCGAGGUCUUGGGCAAUGCCGGAAUGCCACUGCGAAAAUGGGCUAGCAACCACAUAGGGGCGCUCGGCAGCGAUCGUAACGGAACACCGGCUAGCUUUGAAAUCGCGGACACUGGAAGGGAUCCGAAGACGUUAGGCAUCUGUUGGACCGCUGAACCAGAUGAACUACGGUACUCGCUCCGCGACAAUAGGACGAACAAGAUUACGAAGCGUACCAUUCUGUCGGAAAUCGCGCAAAUAUUCGACCCGCUCGGACUCAUUAGCCCCAUCGUGAUCCGAGCAAAAUUCAUCAUGAAGCGACUCUGGCGAUUAGAUGUGGGAUGGGACGAAACCCUAUCCCAGGAGAUGCACACGCAAUGGAACGACUUUCGUGCUGAACUGAAGGAGGUUCCAUUGGUGGUCAUCCCGCGGCGCGUGGUACCAAACAAUCCGAGAGAAAUAGAAUUGCAUGGCUUCUCGGACGCAUCGGAACAAGCCUUUGGGGCCACGGUAUACCUGCGGUCAAAAACGGUCGAGGGGGCGUGGUCGACGCGACUAUUGUGUGCCAAGUCACGCGUAGCGCCGUUGAAAUCGCUGUCACUGCCGCGAUUAGAGCUGUCUGGUGCUCUUUUACUAGCGCGACUUGUUUCAUACGUGAAGGAAGCGCUACAGAUCGAGUUCGCGCGCGAAUAUUGUUGGACCGAUUCAACGAUCGUCUUGGCCUGGCUGAGGGCUGAACCGAGCCGAUGGAAAACGUUCGUCGCGAAUCGCGUUUCGGAGACACAGAGUCUCACCAAAAUUGAGGCCUGGCAUCACGUAAGAUCUGCCGAUAAUCCUGCGGACAUUGUAUCGCGGGGGAUCGCUGUUUCUGCCUUGAGAGACAGCGACCUUUGGUGGCACGGGCCGCAGUGGUUGUCGCAGAAUUGCGACGAUUGGCCAGCUUCAAGGCCAACAACCUCGGUGGAAAUACCCGAAGAAAAACGGGCGGCCGCGACUCACGCAGGCCCGGCUAGCGCCGCGGCCUUGAGUGAUUUCAACUUAGCCUCUCGUUACUCGUCCUACGAAAAAUUGCUUCGGAUACCGCGAGCCAGAGGAAUCAACACGACUACGCAGAUCCAGCCAACGAGAUCUACGUACACGGAGGACCGGACUAUCCUCAACCGCCAACUUCACGGCGACCGCAACUACCUGGAAGGUGAUCACCAAGGCAUCGACCAUCCAGGGAACAUCCUCUCGACGACGCAGCCAACAGACAAAGAGUAUCCAAAACUAUUAAGGGGAUUGAAGGCUAGACGCUCUACCUUCAAGGCUCAAAUUACACGAUUUCGUAAUGCUCUCGACGCGUAUACAGACACUAGUAGUUUAGAAGAAUUGAAAUUCAAAACCGAACGGCUCGUAACCUCUUUCGACGCGUACAUCGAAAUUCAAUCGGAAUUAGACGCAAUGGACAACGUCAUGGAUCACUUAAACGAAAGGUACGACAUCGAGGACAAUUAUUCGUCA